AUGAAACUUGGUGCGGAUACCUUAAAGACAAGGAUUCUUAUAUCCAUUCAAAUCUUCCCCGUGGAACUCAGAUCAGAUCUUGAGAAACUGUUUAUUCAAAAAAUUGUUCCACAGUCUAAAAAGCUAUCUAACUUGGGCUCAUCACAGGCAAAUGAAAGCUUUAAUAACUUAAUUGCUCUCAAAGCUCCAAAAACCAAACAUUUCUCCACAUCAGCAUCUUUAAAUUACAGAGUCAGCUCAGCUGUACUCCAAAAGAAUGAGGGUUAUAAUUACAUUGCUGAGUUAAACACAUCUAUAGGCCUGUCACCUGGAAAUGAGACCCUAAGCAGGGGUAAUAAAUUAAACAAGAAGAGAGAGGGCAACAAAAACAGAUUCAAAAGCAAACAGGGAAAAAGACAACGUAAAGUUCUCAAAAAGAAACGCCUCCAAAAAACAACAGUGGCUGAAGUCAAAGAAGGGAGAACAUACCACAGUUCAAUCGGGUUAGAAGAUUUUGCAACAAUAGACAUAGAAGAAAUACCUGCAAUUCCUGAAGCUGAAACCUUUACAAACAUAGAUGAUGCACCAAUAGUUUGUUUUGAUUUAGAGACAACUGGUUUAAGUAGAUAUUCUGAUAUAACCCAGAUAGCUGCAUGCACCAAAGACAGUUCCUUCAGUCGAUAUAUAUUUCCAGACCAACAAAUUUCAAGAGAAGCAUCAGAAAUAACAAAAAUCACUAUUGUAGGACAAAAAAUGUAUUACAAUGGUAAUGCUGUUGUUUAUAAGCAUAAACAUGAAGGAAUGACUGAUUUUUUAACUUAUUUGUCAAGUUUCACAGAUAAACCUGUAUUGGUAGGACAUAAUAUAAAACGAUUUGACUGCCAUGUUUUAUUUCAUACCUUAAAAUGUAUGAAUAUGUACAGUGAACUAUGUGCAAGGACUGUUGCAUUUUUAGACUCUUUGAAUUUGUUUAAACUUGUUUCACCUGGCUUGUCAUCUUAUAGCCAGUCUUUUCUUGUUGACAAACUAUUAGGUCAACAGUAUGAAUCUCAUAAUGCUGUGUAUGACACAAAAUUACUUUUUAAUUUAGUCACUGAGAAAGAUAUCAAUUGUUUUAAGUUUGUGUAA